GCGAUACUAUCUAUUGGCUACCUUACAGCACUGCCAAUACAACUUGUUGCCUAGGCAACGCGAAAAAAUAUAAACAAUAAAUAAUUUGUGCAAUGGAUUGGGCUGAAGAACUGAAAAUGACUAUAAGAAAGACCACUGCACGCAAGGGUCGUCGCUCAAAGAGUCGCGAUGUCUUGAAAGAGGAAAAUCAGGCAGGAUCAUCAUCGAGUGCUGCGUCGACACACAAAUUGAAUAAAGAUAUAUCCAUAGAUAUUACGUUGGAUGUACAAAAUGAUAGUAGCAGUCCCACAUCUACAACACCUACAGCAUAUAAUAAUGAAUUUGAUUCAAGUCGGCCGCCCAUCCGGCGCGUCUCUGGUGGCUGGGCAGAUUCUGGUUUUAAAGGACUUAAAUCCAAGAAGAAUUCAUUUGAUGAUGAACGCUUUCAAGUGAUCAAAUCUGCGACAAGUUCAAUACCAACGGAUGAUAUACCCAUUAUACCGGAUUUAGAUGAUGUCAGAGAUGAAAUAUUGCUAAACGAAAUUGUUGAGCCUGCAUCAAGCGUCGCUAUUAGUCGCGAUGUUACAUUUAAAGAGUUAAGCUCCGAUCUGCUCUCACAAAAUGCCUUUUCAGCAAUAGAAGACGUGGAUUUGACAAUAUUGACACGUUGCUUACAGGUUCAGGAAAGCUUGGAUGAACCGGACGAAAUUUGGGAAUGGGAUAAGCUCUUUACCGAGAUAACUGCGCAAAUAAAUUCGGAUAAGACAUUGAAUGUUGGUAUGCCGGAAAAGACAGAAAUUGGACCUGAUGAAGUGCCACCUACGGCUAAAUACAAUUAAUUCUAUAAAAUCAAAUAAAUGUAAUUAAAUUAAUUCGCGCAUUUAAAAUUCAAAUUGCCAUGCAAUGAGGGACGCACACAAAAAGUUGCUAAAUAAUACCAAAAAAUGUUAAGCUAUCGAGAAAAAAUCGAUAGCGUUGCCGAAGUUUCUCCCGUCACUAUCUGUCACGGGGCAGCGAAAAAACAUAGUUGUAGACAAUUUUUAAUCUGUGUUAAUCGCGUUGAAAAUUGUGUUAAAAAAUUAUAAACUGCUUAUAAUAAGAUCAUUCAUA